UCGUUACCAUCGUUUCAUUGUCGCCGCCUUUCGUUCAUCCUCAACAUCGCCUUAACAACAAUCCACUCCGGGCGAUCGAGCAUUUCUCUCGGAAAAUAUGGCGGCGAUAAGUCUACGGAAGGGGAACACGCGUCUCCCGCCGGAGGUGAACCGUGUGCUCUACGUCCGAAACCUGCCUUUCAACAUCACCAGCGAGGAGAUGUACGAUAUCUUCGGCAAGUACGGAGCCAUCAGGCAGAUCCGAAUCGGCACCAACAAGGACACCCGCGGCACCGCCUUUGUCGUCUACGAGGAUAUCUACGACGCCAAGACCGCCGUCGACCAUCUCUCCGGCUUCAACGUCGCCAAUAGGUACUUGAUAGUGUUGUACUACCAGCAAGCCAAGAUGAGCAAGAAGUUCGACCAGAAGAAAAAGGAGGAAGAGAUUCAGAAGCUUCAGGAGAAGUAUGGAGUUUCCACCAAAGAUAAGUAGUUAUAUUGUAAACCCUAAUUUUUCUCAAUGUCUAGUGCUUUUCACUAUUAUGUGUAGAAUUCUAGCUAAACUGUAACUGGCAGUAAAACAGAAGUGAGGAAAGCCAAACAUUGGCUUUGAUAUUGGUAGUUUGCGAUGCUGAAUUAGCAGGGUGAAUGAAUGUUUUCAAUUUUGCCAGUUGUGUUAUGCGUCCCUAUAUAUUAAUCUAUGAUCUUGUGCUUUA